CUUUGUUAUACAUUAUUAUACUUUGAUAGUUUUUGAUUACAUUCAGCCCCCGAGAAAAAAAGACCACACUCACACCAAGCCAAGGUUUGAUCAGAGAAACACAGAGAGAGAAAGAGAACAGGUUUUUCAAAUUCUUCAAAGUCCAAGGUUGCAUGGACUUCUCUGGUCUGUGUUUAUCAGAGGGCCAAUGCAACUUUGGUUGUGGAAAUUGUAAUUGUUAACUUCUUAUAUUGAUACUUAUUUGUGCAAAAAGACUAGUUUAAGAUAACAAAUUAGAAGGAACUGUGUAUUUGGUAAGUCAUGGAGUCUUUGUGGAAGCUUUUAUAUUUGCUGGAGCCAGCACCCAUUACACUCAUUGUGACGGCAGUAGCUGUAACAUUUGGAUCUGCAUUUCGGGCUCUAAAUUACGAGAAAGAAAUGGAGCGAAACCGUGACUUGUCUGAGGCAUCCAUUACAUUAGAUAGGUCCCAAGCACUAAUGAUCCCAGUAAUGAGCUCUUGCAGUUUGCUGUUGAUGUUCUACCUGUUCUCUUCUGUCUCACAACUCCUUACUGCAUUUACAGCCAUUGCCUCUGUUUCAUCACUUUUCUUUUGUCUAUCUCCACACGUUGCAUAUCUGAAGUCACAAUUUGGUUUGACUGACCCAUAUGUGUCACGCUGCUGCUCAAAGUCGUUCACACGAAUUCAAGCUUUAUUAUUGCUGGCGUGCAUAGGUACUGUUGCAGCCUGGCUUGUUUCUGGCCAUUGGAUAUUGAAUAAUUUAUUGGGCAUCUCCAUAUGUAUUGCAUUUGUGAGCCAUGUGCGGCUUCCAAACAUUAAAAUAUGUGCAAUGCUCCUCGUUUGUUUGUUUGUAUAUGACAUAUUCUGGGUGUUUUUCUCCGAGAGAUUUUUUGGGGCAAAUGUCAUGGUUUCAGUGGCAACACAACAAGCAUCAAAUCCUGUUCAUACAGUUGCUAAUAGUUUGAGUCUACCUGGGUCGCAAUUGAUAACAAAAAAGCUGGAGUUGCCUGUGAAGAUAGUUUUUCCUAGGGAUUUGUUGGGUGGAGCGGUUUCUGGAGGAAAUGGUUCAGACUUCAUGAUGCUUGGUCUAGGUGACAUGGUAGACAUCCUGUUCUUUUAAUUGAUAUUAUAUUACUUUAAUUACUUUUAUUUUUUGCCAAAUUUGGGAGGUCUACUGUAUUUGACCCUGUCACAUUUUAAUCAGUAUCUUGUUGCAAUUAAUUUUUCUGCUGACUGUCAUCAUUGUAUAUGUACUACCAAACAAUAUUGAAGCCCCCUCAUACUAUUCUAUUAGGCAAGUUAUACUUUAGGGCAUAUCCAUAAGUUUUAGUUUGUUUUUCCAGAGAAAAAAUUUCAUUGUGGAAGAUCCAGCCAUGUGUUUAUCACACUCUCUUGGUUUAUUAAAAAUUUGUUUCCUGAUGUUAAAAAGUAUUAAGUGAUCCAUGUUUUAAAACUUCACCAGGCAUUGAUAUUUGUUCUGUUGUUCUAUGAUUUGCUAGACGUGCUGUGCCAAAAUAUUAUGUUGUGUUCUUCCUACUCUAGGUUCAGGUUGAUAUCAUUGGGGUAGCAUUCACUUAUUUUUGUGUGUAGUAAUGUAUCACAUCCUCUUAUCUUUUAAUUCGCUCUCUAAUUUGGUUGUUACUUCAUGCAAACUACGUUGUUGGCACUGUUGACAUUAUUUAGUUAGAUGCAAGCUUGAAUUUAUACUCAUACACUCAUGAAAUUUGUUAAGCUUAGAGAUCCAAGUGGAUAUUAAUUAUUUCGUAUGUGGAUCCUUGAUUUUUUUUUUUUUUACUGAAGGACAGCAUUUUUUUAACAAAAUUUACUCAUAACAUCAUGAUUUGAAUUGCAUAACCCACUUACCUGACAAUUCUUCACCUUAUACUGCAUAAUUCGCUUUUGGCCUCAUGCCCAGUAGAUUAUUAUAUAUGGAUCCCCUUUGAGCUAGCCUUGAGCUCAUUUCUAGUGAGGUAGUCAUAGUUUGAGGUCACUUGACUGGUAUUCAGCAAACUUGCAAAUAGCUUGAACUCAGCUGGUGGAAGUUAUUCCCAAACUCAAUAACUUAACCUAUUUUUGGACAAAUUAAAAUGCGGAAAAGCUGGAUGUGAUGUGCUAAUGAAGGACAUCAGUGAGUAAUGCUUACUACUUAGGAGGAAAACAACUUCUUUUCGAGUAUAUACUUUUGCUUGUGACACAUGCAGCAAAACUUUUGUGAUAUAUACAUGCUUUUGAAAGAUGUGAAAAACCCCAAUGAAACCAGAUGUUCUGGC